AUGACCACAGCCGCUGCCGGUAGCCGACCAUUCAGCGAACGUCUCUCGAAUUCUUCACGACAUACCAAGCGCCAUCCCAUUCUUUCCGAUAAAAAGCUCAUUGUAUAUGACCUAAAAGUUGAGCGACCAGCAUUACCCGCUGAUUACGAAGAAAAAACGUGGAUCCGCCUUCAGCAUGCUGUCCACGCUAUGCUCCAACAAGAACCUGUGGAUGACAGUUUGGAAGCACUGUAUCAGCUCUGCGAGAAUUUAUGCCAGUAUGACCUGGCCGAAAACUUGUAUCAACGGCUGCAUCAUGAAAUUAAGGUCCAUGUAAAAGCGAAUUUCGAGAAACUCUCAGAAGUCAAUGCGGAAAACAUUGCUUACUUAGAAAUCAUCAACACACAAUGGACGACUUACUGCGCACAAAUGUCACAAAUAAGAGGCAUCUUUCUAUAUCUGGAUCGCACCUUUGUAGCAUCAGCCACAUCAGCCGGUUCAUUAUGGAAUAUGGCCAUGGAUCUCUUCCGGGAGAGUUAUCUACAACAUGAAAAUAUUCGACAGCGAUUACUUCAGUAUGUCUUGGACCUGAUAUUGUCUGAAAGAAACGGAGAGACCGUGGACACAUCACUGCUGCAGUCGAUCUUGCGUAUGUUCAUCGAUCUUUCAGUGUAUCACUUGGAAUUUGAAGAACCCUUUUUGGAACAAACGAGAAAAUUUUAUUGCGCCGAAGGGGAUAAGCUGGUGAAAGAAAUGCACAUGUCGGGAUAUCUGGAUCAUGUAUCCAUGCGAGUGCAUCAAGAAUCGACGAUUCGAGUUAAACGCUACUUUGAUAAAUCAUCCAAAGUGGCUCUGACAACCAUCGUCGAAGAGGAGUUGUUAUCCAAGCGUGUGGAGUAUAUCUUGGAUAAAAGUUUUAAUUACUUUAUGGAAAAUCAUCGUAUGGAUGACUUGUCGUUGUUAUAUCGCUUACUCAAGAAGGUGGGAAAGCUUGACAUUUGUGCCAAAUAUUUCCUAAAUUAUGUCAAGACAAGAGGAUCGCAAAUUAUGCGAGAGACUGCAAAAGAAAACGAUGUCAUUACAGCUUUAGCCACCUUUAAACGCAAAACCGAUGUCUUGGUGAUGCAUAGUUUCGAGGAAGACGAACGAUUUACGCUUGCCCUGAAACACGGUUUUGAGUAUUUCAUCAAUCUGCGAGAAAACAAUGCCAGCGAAUUACUGGCUGAACACACCGAUCGCAUUUUGCGCAUUGAUAAACUGGAUUACAGUCUAUUGGAGCAAGGCAUGCUUGUUUUCAGGUACGUUUCAGGCAAGGAUGCGUACGGUGUGCUGUAUAAACGAGAUCUUGCCAAACGAUUACUACUCGAUGUUGCGAAUCCUCGAACAGAAAAGUUAAUGAUCGCCAAAAUGAAAAAAGAGUGCGGUCCGGCUUACACAAGCAAAUUGGAAGGCAUGCUGCGCGACAUCAAACAUUCUCGCGAUCUUAUGAAUGAGUUCAAGUUCCGCGAAGCCGAAGACUUGUACAAGGCAUUUUAUUCUGUCAAGUAUACUGGUCGGCGGUUGACGUGGCAAAAUUCAUUGGGCGUAUGCCAAGUGGCAGCCAAUUAUCCCCAGGCAAGUAACCAUUGCUCAUAA